GCUUUCCUCCCUCCCUCCCUCCCGCUACCUCCGACGCCGCCGAAAUCCUCCCUAGCUUCCACUCCUCGCGCUCUCGGUUGCUUACUUUGCCUGGUAUUCCCCUGUGGGGUGGGGGAGAGGCGGCGGCGGCGGAGGCCAUGGAGGAGGUGACAGAGGCGGUCGGCAACCUCGCCAUAGAGGGAGGAGCCGCCGGCGCGGAGGCGCACAAGAAGAACCGCAUCCAGGUCUCCAACACCAAGAAGCCGCUCUUCUUCUACGUCAACCUCGCCAAGAGAUACAUGCAGCUGCAUAACGAGGUGGAGCUCUCGGCACUCGGCAUGGCUAUUGCAACAGUGGUGACUGUUGCUGAAAUUCUGAAAAAUAACGGCCUCGCUGUCGAAAAGAAGAUCAUGACAUCUACUGUUGAUGUCAAAGAUGAUUCGAGGAGCCGCCCUAUCCAGAAAGCCAAGAUUGAAAUAUUGCUCAGCAAGACCGACAAAUUUGACGAACUGAUGGCAGCAGCCGCAGAAGAGAGGGAGGCCAGGGAGGCUGCUGAGGCCGAGGAGCAAAGCUAAAUAUUUGGAAGCCAAGAACAUUCCUGUUGUAGCUUUGAUUUACUGUUCUGCUGCUAGGUGCCAUAUUUGAACUCCUUGAGACAUCAAGGGACAGUGGUUGUAUAAUCAAUUGAAGGGCACAGCUUAUUAGUGUGCUUUUGCUAGUUGAUUGGUUAGGUUCUGGUGCCAACUUAUGAUAAUUAAGGUGUAUGAGCACGGUGCUCAUCUUGAUCUGUCCCAAUUUACAUUUGGAAGAUGUCCAGUUGCUUUGACA